UGCAAAAGUUUGAAUGAGGAAAUUCCUCAAAGUCCCCACCGAGGGAAUUGCGCCAAUAGCACGCUCACCCCUAGUCGUUUGCGAGUUGGUGCUCAAAUACGCCCCACAACAAUGGCACUGAGGCUAUCGUCUCUGCCGUUUUCCACCUCUACUGCUCCCCAAUCGAAGCUCGCGCAGUUCUCAGGCUUCAAAUCGGCAUCUUAUAUUCAAUCUUUCCCUAAACGGCCGGAGAAUUCAGGGCGGAGAAGGUCGUAUUUUGCCGUUAGGGCGUGCGCGAAACCAGAGGAGAAUAAUGUUUCCGAGGGGGAGAACCGAUGGGGGAAGGUCUCCGCCGUGCUGUUUGAUAUGGACGGUGUGCUGUGUAAUAGCGAGGAUCCUUCGAGAAGGGCAGCUGUGGACGUUUUCGCGGAAAUGGGGAUUCAGGUCACCGUUGAAGACUUUGCACCCUUUACGGGCAUGGGGGAAGUGAACUUCUUAGGCGGUGUUGCUAAAGUGAAGGGCAUUAAGGGAUUCAAUCCUGAUGCAUCAAAGAAGAGAUUUUUUGAAAUAUACCUAGAUAAGUAUGCAAAACCAAGUUCUGGCAUUGGUUUCCCUGGCGCCUUUGAGCUUGUCACACAGUGUAAAAGCAAAGGUCUCAAAGUUGCUGUUGCCUCAAGUGCUGAUCGCAUCAAGGUUGAUGCAAACUUAACAGCUGCUGGUUUGUCAUUGUCAAUGUUUGAUGCAAUUGUCUCUGCUGAUGCAUUCAAGAAUUUGAAACCUGCUCCAGAUAUUUUUUUGGCCGCAUCAAAGAUUUUGAAUGUGCCCCCUAGUGAGUGUGUUGUGAUUGAAGAUGCAUUAGCUGGCAUACAAGCUGCCAAAGCAGCUAAAAUGAGAUGCAUAGCUGUGACUACAACAUUAGCAGAAAGUAUUAUAGAAGCAGCAGCUCCAUCUCUCAUCAGAAGGGGGAUAUACAAUAUCUCACUUGAUGAUAUUCUCAGUGGUGGAUCUGGUUCCAAUAAUGCGAAGAUGCAGGGAACUCAACCUAUCCAGUAUCAUGCACCAUCUUCCAUUGAACCCAACAGUAAUGGUAUUACACCAGUGCAGGACAAAUAUCCUACCAUUGGCUCAGUCUCCUCAUUUGGAGGGGUGCAGGUUUCCAGGCGCAAUGUUGUGAGAUAUACAAGUUUGGGAAUUGCUGCAUCUUGUCUUGUUUUCAUCAUCACAAAUUGGAAGGCAGUGCAGUAUACAUCUCCAAAAGCUAUUUGGAAUCUUUUAUUUGGAAUUAGCAGCCCACCCUUCAGACAAAGCGAAGGCACAUCCCGCUCACAGAAAAUUCAACAGCUUAUAAACUAUAUCUCUGAUCUAGAGGCCAGGGAAAAUGUUACUACUGUGCCAGAGUUCCCAUCUAAAAUAGAUUGGCUAAAUACUGCCCCUCUCCAGCUGGGUCGGGAUUUGAGAGGCAAGAUAGUUCUUCUAGAUUUUUGGACAUACUGUUGUAUUAAUUGCAUUCAUGUGCUGCCAGAUCUGGGAUUUCUAGAGAAAAAGUAUAAAGAUAUGCCAUUUGUUGUCGUGGGAGUGCAUUCAGCAAAGUUUGACAAUGAGAAAGAUCUAGAAGCAAUUCGCAAUGCAGUGUUGCGCUAUGAAAUCACUCACCCAGUUGUUAAUGAUGGAGAGAUGGUUUUAUGGAGAGAACUAGGUAUAAAUUCGUGGCCCACCUUUGCAGUCAUUGGGCCAAAUGGAAAGCUUCUUGCACAAGUAGCUGGUGAAGGUCAUAGAGAGGACCUGGAUGACUUAGUUGAGGCGGCACUUCUGUUUUAUGGUAGAAAAAAGCUAUUGAAUGGUAGCCCCAUUCCAUUGAAAUUGGAGAGAGACAAUGAUCCUCGCUUUUUAGCAUCCCCUUUAAAAUUCCCAGGUAAACUGGCAGUUGACGUCCUCAACAAUCGGCUUUUCAUUUCAGACAGCAACCACAACAGAAUAGUCGUUACUGACUUUGAAGGGAACUAUAUUUCUCAAGUUGGUAGCACAGGGGAAGAGGGUCUUCGCGAUGGUAGUUUUGAUGAGGCGACUUUCAAUCGACCACAGGGUUUGUCUUACAAUGCAAAGAAAAACCUUCUUUAUGUUGCAGAUACUGAGAAUCAUGCAUUGAGAGUCAUUGAUUUUGUAAAUGAGACAGUAAGGACCCUUGCCGGGAAUGGAACAAAAGGUUCUGAUUAUGAAGGGGGAGGAGCAGGAACUACUCAGGUUCUUAAUUCUCCAUGGGAUGUAUCCUUUGAACCUGAGAGUGAGAUUGUAUACAUUGCAAUGGCUGGCCUGCAUCAGAUCUGGGAGCAUUAUACAUUAGAUGGCACAACAAAAGCUUUCAGUGGUGAUGGUUACGAGAGAAAUUUAAAUGGGACAAGCUCCAGAAACACAUCAUUUGCACAGCCUUCUGGGAUUUCAUUAUCAUCCGACCGAAAGGAGGCAUAUGUUGCUGAUAGUGAGAGUAGCUCCAUUCGAGCAGUUAAUCUAAGGACAGGAGGUUCACGAUUGCUUGCUGGCGGGGACCCAAAUUUCUCGGACAACUUGUUUAGGUUUGGAGAUAUUGAUGGAAUAGGUUCUGGCGCACUUCUUCAACACCCAUUAGGUGUUUUAUGUGGUGAAGAUGGCCAAAUUUAUAUAGCAGACUCUUAUAAUCAUAAGAUUAAGAAGCUAGAUCCAGUUAGUAGAGCGGUGAGCACAAUAGCAGGCACUGGUCAUGCUGGUUUAAAGGACGGAGCAUCUUCAACAUCUCAGCUCUCAGAACCAGCUGGAAUUGCUCAAGCAGAAAACGGAAGAUUAUUCAUAGCAGAUACAAACAACAACCUUAUCAGAUAUAUAGACCUGAAUGUUAGAAAUGCUGAACUUCAUACCCUAUCAUUGAAUGGAGUCCUGCCUCCUGCAACUAAAUCCCGAUCUUUGAAGAGACUUAGGAGACGAUCUGGAGCUGACACACAGACCAUUGUUGUUGAUGGGAGUUAUUCAUCAAAGGAAGCUCUGUUACAUCUUCAAAUUUCUGUUCCCAAAGGUUACCAUUUCUCAAAGGAAGCACAAAGCAAGUUUAGCAUUGAAGUGGAACCGGAUGAUGCAGCUCUAAUUGAUCCUAUGGAUGGAUUUCUCAGCACAAAAGGUUCUGCGGAUGCAUAUGUUAGAAGAUCUUCGAGUUCUCCUUCCACGGCAAGAAUCAAUUGCAAGGUCUACUACUGUAAAGAUGAUGAUGUUUGCUUAUAUCAAUCCCUCGCCUUUGAAAUACCAUUUGGAGAGAUGAAUCCUGACUCCUCACCCGCCGAGAUCUCACUUCCAUAUCUUGUAAAACCAAAGGUGUCCACCUUAUGAUCAGAAGCAUGUGAGCUGCAUCACACAGCACCUUCCUCUCUUUGCAGGAAUGCAAAAGAAAAAGAUGGAGAAAACUGGAAUAGAGAGAGGUGAAACAACUCUUUUCGCACUUCUGUCCCCGUUCGGAGAAAUAAAAAUGGUCGGUCUCAAAAAUAGUCACUGUACAGUCUUCAUUUAUCUCCUCUCAACCAACCUAUUUUGAUAUACAAGGGCUACAGUAGAAAUGUUCUUAUAGACACUUCAAUUUGGAGAAACUUUAUGCGCUUAUUGCUACCGUUAUGUGCCGGGGAACAAGAUGUUAUAUUA